AUGGGAGUGCUAAGGCUCAAGCAUAUCUUUUGUGGGAGCUUUGUUGAGUCCAGUGGAAUAUCCCAGGCAGUGUUCACCUUCCUUUUGAUUCCAUGUUGCUUGACUCUGGAUUUCAGAGCACCCCCUCUUAUCCCAAAGGUGCCUUUCCUCUGGGCCUGGAAUGCCCCAACUGAACUUUGUGUUGGAAGGUUUGGUGAGCCACUAGAUCUGAGCCUCUUCUCUUUAGUGGGAAGUCCCCGGAAAAACAUCACAGGUCAAGGCAUUACAAUAUUUUAUACUGAUAGACUUGGCUACUAUCCUUAUAUAAAUAAGAAAGGCACAAGUAUGAGCGGAGGAAUCCCCCAGAAGGGGUCCUUAAAAGACCAUCUGGACAAAGCUAAGAAAGACAUUCUUCAUUACAUGCCAACAGACAAUGUGGGUUUGGCUGUCAUUGACUGGGAAGAAUGGAGGCCCACUUGGGCAAGAAACUGGAAACCUAAAGAUGUUUACAGGAAUCAGUCUAUUGAGUUAGUCCAGCAACAAAAUAUACAACUUAAUGUCACAGAGGCUGCCAAGAUAGCCAAGGCUGAUUUUGAAAAUGCAGCAAAGAGUUACAUGCAAGAGACUUUAAAAUUGGGAAAAUUACUUCGGCCACAUCGCUUAUGGGGUUAUUAUCUUUUUCCUGAUUGUUACAACCAUAAUUAUAAACAACCCAAUUUCAAUGGAAGUUGCUUUGAUAUAGAAAAGAAAAGAAAUGAUGCUCUUGACUGGUUGUGGAAGGAAAGCACUGCCCUUUUCCCAUCCAUUUAUUUGAACAGCAGCAUAUCUCCUCGAAAAAGUUUGCUCUAUGUGCGAAAUCGAGUUCAUGAGGCCAUUAGGAUUUCCAAAGUACCUGAUGCUGAAAGGCCACUUCCAGUUUUUGUAUAUUCCCGCCUAGUUUUUACUGAUCAAGCUUUGAAAUACCUUUCUGAGGAUGACCUUGUGAAUACACUUGGUGAAAGUGUGGCUCUUGGUGCCUCUGGAAUUGUAAUAUGGGGAAGCCUUAGUGUACUGCGAAAUGUGAAAUCUUGCUUGACCCUGGACAAUUACGUGAAGACAACACUGAAUCCUUACAUAGUCAAUGUCACUCUAGCAGCCAAAAUGUGCAGCCAAGUGCUUUGCCAGGAGCAAGGUGUAUGUACAAGGAAAAACUGGAAUUCAAGCGACUAUCUUCACCUGAACCCAGCAAAUUUUGCUAUUCAAAUUCGGAAAGGUGGAGAGUACAUAGUACUUGGAAAACCUGCACUUGAAGACCUGCAGCAAUUUUCUGAAAAAUUUCGUUGCAGCUGUUAUCCCACUUUGAAUUGUAAGGAGAGAGAUAAUAUAAAAGACAUUAAUGCUAUUGAUGUGUGUGUUGCUGAAAACAUUUGCAUAGAUGCCAUUCCAAACUCAGAACUCAGUGGUCAGCCUUUCAGCUGGAAUGAAAAACCUUCUUUCACUUCCCACAUUGUCUCAUCCUCCACACCAUCUGCCAUAGUUUUCUUUGUUAAUAUUUUGUUUUUCACCAUGAGCUCUUCUGUAGUGAAUUUGUAG